GCGCCGCGUUUCUCCCUCUGCCGAAUUCUGCAAACAUUUUUCCCAUGGACGAUUUGCAACUUGUGAAUGAAGCUGGUAAAGCGAUGGACCGAUCUGAGAUUUCUGGAGAGACAUCCGGAACGGAGGAUGGUCCAAGAACUGAGGGCUGCUCCGUUCAAGAGGGAAGGCCCUGCGAUAAAACGGGGGAUCUUGAACUCGGAAAUCCAGAAAAGGAGACUUCAGCAUCUUUGCAUCCUGUGGCUGUGACAGUGUUGCCCCCAGCGCCUCUCCAGUUCCGACUCUCCGUCAGUGACAUGACCUGCCUCAUCUGUUUCCACCAAUUCAGCCUCGCCCGGCUGCCCAAACUCCUGGCUUGCCAGCAUGCCUUCUGCACGGCGUGCCUAAAGAUGAUCUUGCGGCAAGACGAUCGCACCUGGAUCAUCAGCUGUCCCUUAUGCCGAAAAUCCACGGUGGUGUUCGGGGGCCUCAUCUGUAGCCUCCCGAACCUACAGCAGGUCGUGGAGCAGUUGGGCCCCCCGGAUCCAGAUGAAGUGAUCGCUGGCACUCCGGGCACUGCCGGGGCACAGCAUCCUUCCCCUGAAAUGCAAUCUUGGGACUCGGGCGAGAUCAACGAGGUCGCUCUCAAGAGACUCUUUCUACUGCUUCUGCUGGUUUCUAUGCUGAUUGUCUUCAUCCUCCCGUUCACCAACGCCGGAUUGCUGAUGUGGUUCCUCAGCUUCAUGGUGGUUUUGGGCAGCAUAGUCUGCGCUGUGCUUUGCUGGGACUCCAGUUGGAGCUGCCCGAGUUUUCCAUUGCCCCUCUGGACAAAGAAGGUCAAUCAAGGGGCCUGAGAAUGACCUUCUUUGGCUUCUUCUAGGAAGGGCUCACGAGCCUCUUGGGAGACUUUGGUGCUCGAGCACACACAAGACCAAAGGGGGUGGCGUCGGGCCUGGGUGGGUUCAGAUGUGGCAUACGCACCGGGAAAUCUUGACAGAGAAUCCAUAGCUGGUGGUAGCAUCUGACUUCACGUCACGUUGGUUCGAAAAUUGCAAGCACAAUCCUGAUGCUUCCGUGAAUAAUAGGGUUUUAUUUUGGAGGGGGCCUGAAUACAUUUUCAUUCGAUUUUAUUCCACCACAAUAAACCAAUGGUGGCUUCUGCCUUUUUUUUUAUGAAAAAGUCCAAGAUUAAUGAAUAACAUGUAGAUGGGAAACUCCACUGUGAGAUGCAGUACCUCCAAAGAGCUGGCUAACAACUGUGACAAUUGCAGUCCCUGUGCUUAAAAGUGGCCCUUUUAAGGAGAUAAAAAUGUCAGUUUAUUGGGGGUUUAAUAGUAGUCUUGGUUUUCAUUUUUGAGGUUUCCUUCAAAGGCUGCACAACCAUAAACAUUUAAAACAGAAAGCUUUCCCUUUAAUUCCAUUGUUAAACACAUAAUUAUGCUGUCUACAAAGGUUUUUUAAAAAUCAGUGCACACAUUGUUAGUAAACAGGGAGUUUAAAUCUAUUUCGGUCAGGGCGGCUUCCACACCAGUUGACUUAAAUUUCUUCUGGGAACAUUUGAUGGGGGAUGAAGAUAGAUUCCUUCUUAUAUAUAGUUUGUGGCGAGGAGGUUCCAAUUGUUUUGAGAAGCCAAAAAUCACUUCAGCAAGUGGGAACAAGCACAGUGAAGCAGCCCUGAAGUGUGAGGCUGCUGGGACAUUCGGUAUUAUUGAAAUGUUUUAUGUCUAUGCUGUGAAGAUUCAUAUAAAGAGAAUUUUGCC